AGCAACCAUUACAAACCCUUGUCAAAUUACAGCGGCCCAACAUUACGGACUUUAUAAAUAGUGAUUGAUCCUCUGCGGGAAAGGGAAACGCAGGGGAAGACAUGGCCGAGUCACUGGAAGAGUUCCAGACGGUUCUCAGUGGGCUCACUGAGGACCAAGAGGACCAAAACAUGGACAAGUUUCGUGAAGAGUAUGAGAAGCUCCUCAAUGUCCUGACCAAGUCCUACGGAAAUGAGAAAAGGCUCAUGACCAAGUGCAAGGAACUCAGUGCAGAGAUUGCUUCAGCCUCAACCAAGUUUGACGCUGCUGUAAAGAUGACCCAGGAUGAUGAGACAACGAUAUCGUCUCUUAAAACGGAAGUAGAAAAAGCUUGGAAGAUGGUGGAUGCUGCUUAUGUUAAGGAACAGGCCCAGAUGGAGAUGAUCAAGAAUCUACAAGAGGAGGUUACCGGCCUAACACAGCUAGCAGAACAACAAAGUAUGGCCUCCGCCAACCAAGAUCAAAGUGACUUGCUGAAAAUGAUUGAAGAUUUAACAAAUGAGCGCGAUCGCCUGCUGACAACAGUCGAGAGUCUAAGGGAACAGUUGAGCAUCGCCAGUACGAGCAAGCAGAAGGCAGAGAAUCAAAGAGAGGCUGCCUUAAACAACAUUUCCCAGCUUCAACAUGAGAUUCAGUUGCAGCAGAACGACAUUUCUCGUGAGCAGAGGUUGAAGGAAAAACUGGAGAAGGAGUUGAAUGAGCUCAGCAUUAACAUGGAAACCAAGAUCAGAGAGAUACUAACACUGAAAAAAGACGCCCAAACAUUCAAAGAGGAACAGCUGAGAUCAAUGCAACAACUGAAAUCAAUGAAGAAUGCCAUUGAGAAAGUCACUAAGGAACUGGAACAGUUGCAACACAAAACCAACAAAUUGCAACGGGACCGGGAUCAGCUCGUAUCAGUUAGAGAACGCAUCUUUUUGGAAAAUCAGAAGAACUUAACCGAACUUAAGUUGAAAGAAGACGUGAUCAAUCAGAUUCGCCAAGAGAUUUCUAAAGAAAGACUCAUGAAAGAGGCCAUCCAGAAGAAGUUUCGCGUCAUGGAGGAUCAGAAAUCUGAUGUGGAAGUACAGAGAGAGAUCUUGAAAGCUCGUAUCGCUGGUGUGGAGAAAGAGUUUGAGGGUUCCCGGAAGCAAGUUGAAGCUGACAAAAAAGUCAUUAACGAGCUGACCAGAGAGCGAGACCUCUUGAGUAAGAAUGUGGCUAAAGCUACAGAGGAGAUUGAGGAAACUCAGAUCUCGGUGAUGGAGCUUGAGAAUGACAAACGAGUGCUUCAACAAGAGAUCUCUGGCAACCUGCUGGAGGGCCAGAAGCAGCGUAAGAUCAUCCAGGAUCUGGAAAAAGAACGAGACCGCUACAUUAACGAAGCCAACAACCUUUUGAAAAAGGUGCAAGAAAAAGCUGAUGAAAUAGAAACCAGCGAGAUGGCAAUACAUAACUGGAAGAAGAGGGUCGCUGAAGAAGAGUGCAAGCUCAAAAGAAAAGAAGACAUCCUGGAGUCUGUGAUUUCUGAGAGGAACCACUACAGCAAAAACCUUGUUGAAGCUCAGGACAGCAUCUCAAAGUUGAAGAUCAAGAUGAGGUCCAUGGCCAACCAGAUGACUCAGCUGAAAGAUGAGAUAACUGCAAAGGAGCUGGUCAUUUACAAAGACCAACAGCAUCACAAGCGCUUGGAGCGAGAUAACGAGGUUCUCAAGGCUGACCUGAAGUUGAUUAAGCAGCAACUGGAGGAGGAAAUGCAACGUGUUGAGAAUCUAAAAGUCGAAAAGGAAAAACUGGAGAAAAUCAUUGAUGAUAACCAAGUUGAACAAACACUAACUAAGAAACAAUUAGAGCAGGUGAUCAGAGAACGAGACAAUUUGGGUAAGCAGCUGCUGCAGCGCAACGAAGAACGUACGCUCUUGUAUGAGAAGAUCAAGAUCCAGAUAUCGAUAAUAAGCAAGAGGGACUUCCACCACAAUCAGAGAAUGGAAGACAUCCGCCUUCUCAAGCUGGAAAUCAAAAGGCUGAGACGUGAGAAGAACAUCCUGGACAAGACGGUGCCCAACACAGACGAACUGAGGCGAGAAAUGUUUACGCUGCAGAGGGAGCUGGCCAAAGAAAGGAUUCGGAACGGCGUCCUUGAAGAGCAACUCAACCCCAUAAAUAUUCACCGAUGGAGGCGACUGGAGGGCAGUGAUCCCUGCAAGUAUGAACUGAUCCAGAAGGUUCAUACUUUACAGAGAAGACUCAUCAAUAAGACGGAAGAGUUUGAGGAGGUGGAAUUCUUAUUACAGGAAAAGGAGAAGCUAUAUGUGGAGCUGCAACAACUUUUGGCUCGGCAGCCUGGCCCAGAGACACUUGAACAGCUUCAGCAUUGCCAGUGGACAUUGAGGGAAAGGACCAAAAAACUUAUGGCGUUGACCGCAGAGGUGAGAGUGCUGGAUGCAAAGAUGAUUGACUACAAAAGUGAAAAUCAAAGCUUGAACACUGAGAUUACAGAACUCAAGAAGAAGUACUUCAGUCAGAAAAAGCAACAAAGUGAGAAGGCCAAAAGCAAAGCGGAACACUUGGUGCUACCUCAGCUGAUCAACAAGCCACAAUUCACCGGAGGAGGCUUCAAGUUUGACGAACUUUUCAGAUGAUAAUUAUAUUUUUAUAUUUUGUAUAUAGGUGAAUAUCACUGCAAUAAUCCAUUUUGUGUCAUGAGACUUGUCAAGUAAAUGUGACACAAUCUCCAACCCUUCAAAAUCAGGCUUUGUUCCAAAAGGAAUAUUUCCUGAUAAUGAAUUGCAUCCACUUGAGUUACAGUAGUUCCUAUACUUACUAUUGACAAAUAUGUACUGUACAUGUUAACAUAAUUUAGAAGGGAGUGUUCUAAGAAUGAAUAAAUUAUACUUUAUGUGGGUUGAUCCUCAGCCGCCAUUAUUUCAAGUCUACAUAGAUGUUGUUGGCACAAAAAUACCAAUAACACAUAGUGACAUUGAGCACAUC